AUGGCAUACGUGGCAUACGGUAUCCCUCAGUUGCCAGUGGCCAUACCAUCGGUGGCCGGUAUUGGACUUGUCACCAAAACCAAGAAAGUGUUCAUCGGAGGACUGUCGGCCACGUCGACACUCGAAGAUUUGAAGCAGUAUUUUGAGACUUAUGGAAAGGUGGAGGACGCGAUGCUCAUGUAUGAUAAGGCCACACAAAGGCACCGAGGAUUCGGGUUUGUUACAUUCGACAGUGACGAGGUUGCCGACAAAGUUUGUGAGAUUCACUUCCACGAGAUCAACGGAAAAAUGGUGGAAUGCAAGAAGGCUCAGCCGAAAGAGGUGAUGCUCCCGGUUCAAUUGAACAAAUCGCGUGCCGCCGCCGCUCGUAACUUGUACGGAAUGCCGCCAGAGACACUUCUCGCCUACGCUCAAUACUUGCCACGAUUCGGAGGAAAUUUGAUGUAUCCAGGAUUCGGAAACGUAUUCAACAACAUGCCGGGCGGCUAUUCGGGUCUCUCAACUCCCGGUGGCUCAACCAACCGUCCCCCACACCAAUUCGACACCGCCAGUCUCUACAGUCUGAACAACGGAGCACAACACAUGACACUCGACGCCCAAACACAAAUGUUCAUGAAUCCACAAUCGUAUCACAACAAGUAUUAA